CCGUGUGUGUGUUUCCGUGUGUGUGCACAAGGCCAGGGCUGUCUCUGACCCCUGUACGUGCCCGUGUGCUGCCUCUAGAGACGGGGCUCUCCUGACUCCCCCGAGCAUAUGCUCGGCGUGGCUGUUGCCAUCCCCCCUCUGUUACAGCGCCCAAACCUCUCUCUCUGUGCCCACUGUUGGUUUUUUUUUUUUUUGGCAGGUGCGCAGCAGGGCUGUCCGAGUCAUGAUCGAGGUGUUGGCCAAGCUGGGCCGCGGGCCUGUCUUCCUGGCAGGAGAGGUGCUUGAGUGCGUGAUCACUUUCACCAACCCGUUAUCGGCCUCCUCUACAUCUGCCAGCAGUGAGAUGCUGGCAUGGGCCAGCGCCCAGAUCCACUGCCAGUUUCACGCCAGCGAGAACCGAGUGGUGCUCCCUCCCUCUGAUGGCAGCAAGCACGACGUGCAGGCAGAGAAUGAGACUGUCUUCGUCCCCAACAGAGGAGAGCGGGGUCAGUGUAUCCUGUCCACCCCACCAAAGAUUCUCUUCUGUGACUUGCGACUGGAUCCCGGGGAGUCAAAGUCCUAUUCGUACAGUGAGACGCUGCCCAUAGACGGCCCUCCCUCUUUCCGGGGACAGUCAGUGAAGUACGUGUACAAGCUGACCAUCGGCUGCCAGCGCGUCAACUCCCCCAUCAAGCUCCUGCGUGUACCCUUCCGUGUCCUCGUGCUGCACGGGCUCAAGGAUUACCAGUUCCCACAGGAUGAGGCUGUUGCACCCUCAAACCCCUUCCUGGAGGAGGAGGAGGGCUUGAAGAAAGACUCUCGUCUGGCAGACCUGGCAACAGAACUGCUCAUGGUGGCCACUUCCCGACGCAGCCUGCACCUGUAUAACAUCAGCAACACUCGUGGGAAAGUGGGGUCGUUCUGCAUCUUUAAGACCGUGUAUAAGAUCGGAGAGGAUGUCAUUGGGACCUUUAACUUUUCAGAAGGAGACAUCCCAUGUUUGCAGUUCUCAGUGAGCCUGCAGACGGAGGAGAGCAUCCAGGAGGAGUUCCAGCGCCGGCGGGGACAGCCGGUCUCCUUCAGCACACAUGCCCGCCAUCAGGAGGCCUGCCUACACACAGCCCAGAGCAGCUUCAGCCUGCCCAUCCCACUCAGCUCUACCCCAGGAUUCACCACCAAUAUCGUGUCCCUGAAGUGGAGGCUGCACUUUGAGUUUGUGACCUCGGGGGAGUCGGCGGGGACAUGCUUGGUUCGUGGGAGCCAGUCGGAGGCCAUCACCUGGACUGGGGUGGAGCAGGUGGAAGUGGACACUUUCAGCUGGGAUUUGCCCAUCAAAGUCCUUCCCACCAACCCCAUCCUGGCUUCCUAUGUAUCUCAAUUCUCCAGCACUAACUCCAUCACCAUCUGAAGUGCAGUGAGCUGGUAGGGGCCUGUGGUGCUGCAAGCGUGUGCCAGCUGUGGGUGUGGUGGGCUGGACUGUCACUGGCAUGCUGGGGGGCACACAUCCCCCUGUCCCCUUGGGUUCAUCUUCCACACCCAGGCAGGCACCGGGCAGGUCAGUCCCACCCUGGGGGCGGAGGAGCACUAUCCUUGCUGCGGUGUCUGGUGCUGCAGCCCUCGGCUGAGAGGUGGGCCCUUCCUGCCUGGGCGAAGGUUCAAGUCCCAGCACUCACCAAAAAGAAAUCUGCCUCCCAGGGAACAGCCUGACGUGCCUUUACCCCAUGAGGGGCUUCCAAGAGGGAAAGGCCCAGUCCAGGGAAAGGAGAGGGAAGCUCUUUCAGCAAAGCCUGAUACCAGCCUUGGGUGAAGGCCAUGCCCCUCCAGAGAGACACCACAAGCAGAGAUCUGGUGUCCAGGUGAGGCACCUGGGCUGGAUGGGAGCCUGCCCUCCUGCCCUGGCACACGUCUUGCCUCUUGUGAGGGGUGUCUCCUGCACACAGCCCCCCUGUGCCCCCCACUACCCUCACCCAAAGGAGGCAAGUCCUGGCAGGCCGUCCCUGUGCUGCCAGCACAUGCUGGUGUCUUGGAUGGGGCCGCAUGCUGUGGCAGCACAACUGCGAUGAUCCGAAACUGGGAAGCACUCAGCGCCCGGGCUGUUUGCCUGCGCUCCUGGGUGUGAGGGCAUCCUGCUGGUCUCGGGAUGCUUGGGCAGCUGGAGUGAAUGCCUGCUGCGCAUUCAGGAGCUGGGAUGGAGGUCUCCCUGCUCAACAGCCAGCUCCCCAUUGGUACCAUACCUUCCAAAGACUUUUCCUCUUUGCAUGGAAAUCUAAUAAAUACCUUAAAGU